AUUUUAUUUGUCACAUACACAUGGUUAGCAGAUGUUAAUGCGAGUGUAGUGAAAUGCUUCUGCUUCUAGUUCCGACAAUGCAGUAAUAACCAACGAGUAAUCUAGCUAACAAUUCCAAAACUACUACCUUAUACACACAAGUGUAAAGGGAUAAAGAAUUUGUGGUAUAUCUGAGAAAUGAACAACAGCCAUGUUGUGGAACUACUAUUAGCAAUCAACUCAUAGAAUGGCAAAGACAAUUCCACUUUUACACUUUGACUAUUUCUGUGACCAUAUUUACAGGGAAGGCCUCUAGACCUAAACAAAACUACAGUUCCCCUAUAUAUCCACAAGGGGGCAGUAGAGGUGUAUUUUUCAUAGAAACAAAGUCAUCUUUCACACAGAGAGAGAGAGGGUGUAUCUCAAUAGUCUAGUGGCUUUACUCUCCUUGUCUCUCUGCUUGCCUUUGUGCUCAUUUCAAAAUACAAGAUAGGAUAACACACAGAUAGCAAUGUGAAGGAUGGCUAAUGAUCAUUUGUCAAGUCAUCUCAUGUUCUAUACAGAUGAAGGAAAGGAGACAGAAAAGGUUAGGAAGCCAAGCCAGACUAUUGAGAUGCAUCCCCUUACUGGACAAGCGUCUCCAUAGUUACUGAAACAGCAUGGGGAUUUUAAGGGUCACAUUCCGUAGUGAGUUGUUCUAAGUUCAGGGAAGUAAAGGCUUGUAAAUGACAUUUUUUGGUUGAAAAGGUCAGACACAGUUAAGCAAUGUUAAAUUCAAUGAACCUGGACUAGCCUAUCAAAUGCUAUAUGCUUAGGCUAGUCACUGUUGUGACCUCAAUACAAGUAUCUGGGUGGAAGGGCGAGCAUGUUCAUUUGAACCAGUGACCAAAGUUCCAGUGCUUAAAAGAACUCUUUGCACCAGACAGGAAUGUUACAGCGCGCGAAGAGAUUCCGACCAAGGCAGGAGCGCGCACACAAACACAUUGGGUCAACGUGUACCACCACCUCUAUGCCACACACACACACACACAAUAACAACUAAUAUAACGUGUAUAUUUAAACACAGGGCAUGUGACCUUCUGUGUGACUCUUUAACGAUGUUCUGAUGAGUAUUUGUCCUGGGGAAUGCGAGGCGAGCUGGCAAACUCCUCCUGGCGCGAGGUCAGCAUUUACAUAGAGGAAUUCUGGAACAACGGUGGCUUUUAAACACGUUGAAGUGUUUGACUUAAGAUGUCGAAGUUGUACUUUUACAUGGUUAUGUGUUGUUUUAGUAGCCUUCUGAGAAAUGGCUCUAGGUAUUGUCUAGCGCUCGCCAACAGGCUGCCAAGUGACGACUGCAUUGAAAAAUAGAAGGGUUACAUUUUGGCUCCAGUCAAUGCGGAUGUUAUUGCAUCUGUGACGGAUGACACGAACAGCUCUCGGUCAAAAGCAACGUCAGAGAGUUCGGGAAACAAUAACAGUAGAAUAGAAACUUUGUAACCAGUUUCAAAUUGUUUCAUCUAACCAUUCGUUACCACGGAUACGAUGUAUCGCCGCUUGACUCCGUUGAAAAAGAAAGUUUCUUCACUGGAGAAUGUUGGGAAUUGUUUCCCUUAAAGCGACAGAGUACUUGUACACUGUGUCUGGUUGGGUAGCUGACUACUUGAGGGUGUACUGUCUCUUUAAGAAAAACGGGCAUCCUCUCUGUUAGCGUAGAUUAGACAAACCGGUGACUUUUUCAGUUUUGACGUUUGCAAAAACAACCUGCAGAAAAUAAAUUGUCGAGCGGCGACCUUUGAGUCUGGCUAGUUAGAGCCCUAGGAGGCAGUUCCUCAGCCCGGGGUGGCAAUUGGCUGCGCGUGCACUCACUGCGACUCCCCUCUUGUCUCUCGCUCGAUCCAUUUCCUAUCACGCGUUCUGUAAAAUUGCCUACACACACACGCACGAUGUGGUUUGCGUGUGUAUGCGUGCACCGGAACCCAAAGUCCGUCGGUGGCGUCUGCAAAUUUGAAGAUUAACGAGGUUAUCCUCCAUUCGACCCGCGGAGAGAGAGAGAGCGGACCAGAAAGCACAGACUGCUGCGCCGACCUGCUUGCGUGUCGAGGCGGAAAGGGAGCUUGGCUCUGGCCAGCUGCGUUGUUGGACUGGAUCGAAUUGGACUCAGCGAAGAGCAGUAGGACUAUAUAAAGACAGGAGGGGAAAUAUGAGCGAUAAACGGAUGUCGCGGUGGUAUUUUGGGGGGCUCGCCUCCUGUGGGGCUGCCUGCUGCACCCAUCCUCUGGACCUCAUCAAAGUCCACCUGCAGACCCAGCAGAAGGGGAAGAUGGGGAUGGUGAGCAUGGCCAUGCAGGUAGUGAAGAACGAUGGAGCUCUGGCUCUGUACAACGGACUCAGCGCAUCACUCUGCAGACAGAUGUCCUAUUCUCUAACGAGGUUUGCUAUCUAUGAGACAGUCAGAGACAUGUUGAGCAGCAGUAACCAGGGGCCCAUGCCUUUCUACCAGAAGGUGCUGCUGGGGGCCUUUGGAGGUUUUACCGGCGGGUUCAUUGGUACUCCUGCAGACAUGGUGAACGUCAGGAUGCAGAAUGAUGUUAAACUUCCCCCAGAGCUGAGGAGAAACUACAAACAUGCUGUGGACGGUCUCUUCAGGGUCUUCAGAGAAGAGGGGGUGAGGAAGUUGUUCUCAGGAGCCACCAUGGCCUCCAGCAGAGGAGCUCUGGUCACCGUAGGACAGUUGGCAUGUUAUGACCAGGCUAAACAGCUGGUGCUGUCUUCAGGCUUCAUGGGAGAUAACAUCCUCACACACUUCCUGUCCAGCUUCAUUGCUGGAGGCUGUGCUACGUUCCUGUGUCAGCCUCUAGAUGUGAUGAAGACCAGGUUGAUGAACUCUAAAGGAGAAUACUCAGGUGUGAUACACUGUCUGAGAGUGACGGCUAAAGAAGGACCCAUGGCCUUCUACAAGGGUCUUGUUCCUGCGGGGAUCCGUCUGAUUCCUCACACGGUGCUCACCUUCAUCUUCCUAGAGCAGCUCAAGAACAACUUCGGCAUCGUCAUCAUCUCCUGAGCACGCUCCAUGACCUACGACCUUUACCCUCUAACCCCCUGUCCCCUGCAAACGUCAACCAAUCCCCUGUCACUGCCACAGUGCCACCCCCCCCCCCCCCCCCCCCCCCAUGGCCCUGAGCUGUCCAAUCACACAGAGAGGUGGAUGUAGGGAUGGAAUGUCUGCUAUGCUAUCCUACCCGGCCCUCUUUAACCUGCUCUGGAAAUCAACCAAUCCCCUGUCACUGCCACGGUGCCACACCCCCCCCAUGGCCCUGAGCUGUCCAAUCACACAGAGAGGUGGUUGUAGGGAUGGAAUGUCUGCUAUGCUAUCCUACCCGGCCCUCUUUCACCUGCUCUGGAAAUCAACCAAUCACCCGGGGAAAAGACUAAGAAGGAACUGCCUACACCUGCACCUGCACCAUCACCUUGUCCACAGGAAGAGUUGUCAUAGCAACACCAGUCAAACCCUGCUGUGACAUCAUCUUCAUGUCUGUCAUCAUCAAUCGUGCCAUUCUCAAUGGGGGCUGCGCCUCAAAUCAUACACUAUUCCCUAUGUAGUGCAUUACUUAUGACCCUUAAUCUGUAGUGCACUUAACAUGUAGCUCUGGUCAGAAGUAGUGCACUACGUAGGGAACAUAGUGCUACCUGAGUUCACUCCCUAAAUGGUGUUGAUGUGUUUAUACUGUAGCCUUCCACCACCAUCAUCAUGUAUCACCCAACCCUGUUCCAUACCACACCACACCAGUCCUCAUGUAUUACUAGCAGUGUACUAGUUGUAGUAGCAUGUAUUACUAGCUGUAGUAGUAUGUAUUACUAGCGGUAUACUAGUUAUAGUAGUAUGUAUUACUAGCGGUGUACUAGUUAUAGUAGUAUGUAUUACUAGCGGUGUACUAGUUAUAGUAGUAUGUAUUACUAGCGGUAUACUAGUUAUAGUAGUAUGUAUUACUAGCGGUAUACUAGUUAUAGUAGUAUGUAUUACUAGCGGUAUACUAGUUAUAGUAGUAUGUAUUACUAGCGGUAUACUAGUUAUAGUAGUAUGUAUUACUAGCGGUGUACUAGUUAUAGUAGUAUGUAUUACUAGCUGUAGUAUUAUGUAUUACUAGCGGUAUACUAGUUAUAGUAGUAUGUAUUACUAGCGGUGUACUAGUAAUAGUAGUAUGUAUUACUAGCGGUAUACUAGUUAUAGUAGUAUGUAUUACUAGCGGUAUACUAGUUAUAGUAGUAUGUAUUACUAGCGGUGUACUAGUUAUAGUAGUAUGUAUUACUAGCGGUAUACUAGUUAUAGUAGUAUGUAUUACUAGCGGUGUACUAGCUGUAGUAGUAUGUAUUACUAGCGGUGUACUAGUUAUAGUAGUAUGUAUUACUAGCUGUAGUAUUAUGUAUUACUAGCGGUAUACUAGUUAUAGUAGUAUGUAUUACUAGCUGUAGUAUUAUGUAUUACAAGCGGUGUACUAGUUAUAGUAGUAUGUAUUACUAGCGGUGUACUAGCUGUAGUAGUAUGUAUUACUAGCGGUGUACCAGCUGUAGUAGUAUGUAUUACUAACAGUGUACCAGCUGUAGUAGUAUGUAUUACAAGCAGUGUACUAGUUAUAGUAGUAUGUAUUACUAGCGGUGUAUAGUAGUAUGUAUUACUAACAGUGUACCAGCUGUAGUAGUAUGUAUUACUAACAGUGUACCAGCUGUAGUAGUAUGUAUUACAAGCAGUGUACUAGUUAUAGUAGUAUGUAUUACUAGCGGUGUAUAGUAGUAUGUAUUACUAGCAGUGUACCAGCUGUAGCAGUAUGUAUUACUAGCAGUUAACUAGUUGUAGUAGUAUGUAUUACUAGCUGUAGUAGUAUGUAUUACUAGUUGUAGUAGUAUGUAUUACUAGCGGCAGUAGUAUGUAUUACUAGCGGCAGUAGUAUGUAUUACUAGCGGUAGUAGUAUGUAUUACUAGUAGUAUGUAGUAGCUGUAGUAGUAUGUAUUACUAGCAGUGUAGUAGCAUGUAUUACUAGUAGUAUGUAGUAGCUGUAGUAGUAUGUAUUACUAUAAUGUAUUACAGGUAUGACUGUAAAUCACUACCACAUUGUGGUUCUAACUGAAACCAUCUCAGAGACUGUCACAUCGGGGGGUGACGGUGACAACGGGCCCUCUUCCUGUUCAUAACACUGUAACAGCGGCAGGGAGCCUCGCGGUUAAGAGCGUCGGGCCAUUAACCCGAAAGGUUGCCGUGUCGAAUCCCCGAGCUGACUAGGUAACACAUCUGUUGUUGUGCCCUCGAGAAGGGAAGACACUUCACCCUAAUGGCUCUGGAUAAGAGAGCGUAAAUGACUCAAAUGGUCAUGUACUGUGACAGGUCAGUGCUAUUCCUGUUCAUAGGUGAUGCUUAUUACUGUGACAGGUCAGUGCUAUUCCUGUUCAUAGGUGAUGCUUAUUACUGUGACAGGUCAGUGCUAUUCCUGUUCAUAGGUGAUGCUUAUUACUGUGAUAGGUCAGUGCUAUUCCUGUUCAUAGGUGAUGCUUAUUACUGUGACAGGUCAGUGCUAUUCCUGUUCAUAGGUGAUGCUUAUUACUGUGAUAGGUCAGUGCUAUUCCUGUUCAUAGGUGAUGCUUAUUACUGUGACAGGUCAGUGCUAUUCCUGUUCAUAGGUGAUGCUUAUUACUGUGACAGGUCAGUGCUAUUCCUGUUCAUAGGUGAUGCUUAUUACUGUGACAGGUCAGUGCUAUUCCUGUUCAUAGGUGAUGCUUAUUACUAUAACGGGAGAUCAGUGCUAUAACUAGAAUCUUAUGAAUCUCACGUCAUCAUCUCAGAGACAUUUGUGAGUGGCAUUGGGUGACAUAGGGUCCUAUUCCUGCCUAUAAGGGAUGCUGCAUAACAGGUUAUAAUGCCAUAACAACAUGGCUAUAAAGCCAUCACAUGCUUACAGACAAAGGUACUAAAGUUGCCCCUAGGCACUGAUUCUGGGUCAGACAUUAGUUGCAUCCCCCUACCAGUUAAAGUUAUUGUUGGGGCUAGGUGAUCUGAUCCUAGAUCUGUGGUUAGGGACAACAGUAGAAAUUCCCACCAAGGGCAAUGUGACGAGGAGAUAUAACUGGACAGAGAUGAGAGACGUAUAGUGAGUAGGUUGUACCCUGCCUUUGACCAGGACCCAUAGGGCCCUAUAGGAGAUUAAUCAGAGAUACUGUGAGUUAGAGAGAGAUACUGUUUACUGGGACCUGGAUGAAACUGCUGUCUUUAAGGCACUUUAUCAAACACACACACACACACACACACAGGUGCACUCACACACACACACACAGGUGCACUCACACACACACACACACAGGUGCACUCAAACAUACAGACACACACACAGGUAUACUCAGACACACACACACACAG